GAGCCAUGAGAGAGGCUCACGUGUCCACACGGAAGAGAGCCAUCGAAGAGAUGGAGUAUACGCCCACUCCUAUCACUCCCGUCAAGAAACGUCUCGCAGAGAAACACCCGAUUGUUUCCAAUGAAGAAGUUGUCGAACAAUCUUUGGAUCCGCAAGAUUUGAGAAACUAUUUAAAUGUCGUUAAAAACGACUCAGACAAAACUGAAGAUUCGGACGAAUCGCUCAAAACUAGUAGAUAUGUGAAGAAGACUGAAUUGAAUCCACAAUUUGUGGUAACAUUGGAUGGCGUCGACCACAACAAGUAUUCGCAAAACAGUGAAAUUGACGACCACUUACUGCUGAACGAGGAGAUGGACACAGAGUUUGCAGAAAACGACGAAAUGGUUGACAACGACUUAGAAAACGAUGAUUUAAGCGCUAAUAAGUCUAAUGAAAGAUGUCGUUUUUGGCCCAAUUGUAAAAAUGGCAACCAUUGCGAGUUUCAACACCCGACCACUCCCUGCAAAACGUUUCCAAACUGUCGUUUCGGUGACAAAUGUCUAUACGUUCAUCCGAACUGUAAGUUUGACGCCAUGUGUUCGCGAAGGGACUGUCCCUUCACUCACGCCAGUAAACGCAAGAUCGCUGUCCCUCAAUUCCCUCCUGUGCCUCAAUACCCGACAAACCCAUUGCCCCCCAAUUCUGGUAAAUAUUGCAAAUAUCAGUCCAAUUGCAAGAAUAUGAACUGCCCUUUCAUUCAUCCAAAGGUGUGUCGUUUCGGUGCGAAAUGUCAUUCACGCGACUGUCAGUACAUCCACCCGAACGGGAGCUAUAGUUCGGCUGUCACUCCAUUACCACAACCGCAUCAAUUGAAAUGGAAGGCAAGCGAUCAGCACAUGAGUGAACGACAAUUCGCUGACACCGACGAGUCGAUGACCACU